UACAGUCUACAUUACCUUUGUUUGUUAUAAUAUGGUUGACUCAAACUGUUAUUGUCCAAAUUAGUAAAGAGAAGCUGAUCUUUAUUGUGUUAUGUUGUAGAUAUUCUCACACUACAGGAGUUUUGACGGGAGCUCGAGGAGCGAAUUUAAAGUUUCUUCGGGUUUAAAUGUAUAAAAACAGUGGUUUAAGGACAAAGUCUUGAUAAAUAACCACAAUUUUAGCGAGACUUUUUUUUCAUGGUAUAUUGUUUCAUUUCAUUUAAGUUCAUCCUAAUUGAUCUCAAAUUAAUGAACUUUAUCUUAUUUUGGUUCAUACCCGUAUUUUAAAAUAUAUCAUAAUAAACAACUUGGCUUAAAGGUCUCGUUAUCAGGCCAUAAAGUACAAAAAAUAAUAACUCACACUUCAGCUGAUUUGGCCUUGUGGUAAACACUGUUAAAAUUUGCAGUCAAAAGAGAAUGCAGAGUAAUUCGAAAGUUCUACACUUUUAUAAUAGUUUUAAACGGUACACUUCACUGUGCAUGUCGGUUGAUUAUACAAUUUCAAGAAAUCUAAGAGAUGGAGGUAUAGGAACGAGGCCUAUCUCAAGCAACGGGUUAUGGUGUUGUGCUUUACUGCCCGCAUUAUUAAUCUCAUACAAUUUUUUGUACAAAGUGUCGCCACUUUAUACACUAGUAGCUUACGUAGCUGUUGGUUUAUUCUGCUACAGCAUACUGUUUGUGGUAUUCAUUUCUGUAUCAUGUCUGGUACUCAGAGAGCCUAUCUAUGGAGGAUGUAUAGCAUCUAGUCUUGUAUCUGCUCUGAUGAAUUUUAUAUUUAAUACACAAGGUUUAACAACAUCAUUGUCUUUCUCCCUCACAGCAGUGUACUUAUAUAGUACAAUGCUAAGAUGGUCUCUCACCAAAUUCCCAAAGACAUACACUAUAGGAGAAGCCAUGAUUGUAACACAGGGUUUGACUUUAUUCACCAUUGCAGUUAUUGGAAGGACCAUGAAUAUAUUACAUGAUCCUAACGAAGACAUGAAUUUAAUAAGCAGCAUUGUGCUUACAGCAUUAUCAACGGUUGGAUUACUUAUUACAGGUUUAUGUGUGAUAUCGGAAAAACAAAGAAACAUACAAACAUUUAGUUAUAUGUUUGCAGUGGCUGCUUUGUUUGCUUUAGUCACCUUACAUGUACUACUAGGAUUAAAUUGUGUAUUCCGGAUACUGAACUAUAUUUUUCUGAACCGAAACAGAGUUCAACUAUUUGCGUUCUGGUUAUUUCUACUUAUGAUAUCUGUAUUUUUGGUACUUACGCGAACCAAAAGUGCUGUAAAGGUGAAUACUGUGACCAGAAAAUCAUUUCAUUUAUUGGCCUCGCUUGUUUUUAUGUCAGGUAUUAUUUAUGAUGUUUAUCUGACGAGCCUGGCUGCUGGAAUUGGAUUUGGAUUGUUGAUUUUAGUCGAGGCAUUACGUAAGUUAAACAUCACACCAAUAUCAGAAGCCCUGCAAUCAGCUUUUGAUGUCUACAGUGAUGAGAAGGACAUAGGAAGUUUCGCGAUGACACCGAUCUACUUGUAUGUAGGCUUAGCAUGUCCAUUGAUACUGGUGCCUAGUUAUGAAGGAACAACUCUUGAGCUGCUCAGCGGAGUCCUCGCAACUGGGGUAGGAGAUACAGCUGCCAGUUGGUUCGGUUCCAAAUACGGCACGAAGAAGUGGACUAAUAGUGAAAAAACAGUGGAGGGAACAAUUGCUAAUGUCUUGUCACAAGUUGCAACGGUUUAUGUUUUGCAUUUAUUUGGUCUUCUAAGAAACAACACUGUGUUAAUUAGAACGAUGUUAGCUGCAUCAAUAUCCAGUGUGGUCGAAGCGAAAACGGAUCAGGUCGACAACCUAAUACUUCCUCUAGUCACAUUGUUAGUGUUUCAAAUAAAUUGGAUGUUCGGCUAGCAACGUAAUAAUACUAUUUAAAAUUUGUACUUUUGUAUUUUUAUACAAUGAUUUUUAAUAUUUUUGGAAUAAUAUUUUUGACAUUCCAUGUAGAUUAUUUACCAAAGAGUUGUAAAUAAAAGCAAUUAUGUUUAUGAAA